AUGGAAUUAACAGAUCAAAUUCAUACUGUUCCAAAAGCUUUUAAAGGAGGCAAAAACUAUCAACAAACCUCUUCUAACUGCAGAAAAAGAUGCUCUCGUUGCGAUAAAUAUAAAAAUCUUAACAAAUUUACUCGACAAAUUGGAAGUCAAAUAAAAGAAGGUUCCAACUGCAAUAAAUGUGCAAAAACUAAAAAGGAAAAAAAGCCUAAAGCUAUUAGUGAACCAACGAGUAUAGAAAGUUUGAACAUAACUGAAAAUUACGUUAAUGAUAAAUAUGAAGACAUAGCUUGGUUUAGCUUAACAGAUAUGGAAAUCUUAAUAGCUAACUGUUUUAAAAGUGAAGAAUAUAGCUGUGUACAUUUUUCAAGAAUUUUAAAGUUUGAUGAAGAUUUUGUCAAUAAUGUGUCUAGCGAAAAUCAAAAGAGUGACAAAGAAGUUACUUAUUGUAAAAUAGCCGAAUCUCUUCUU